AUGCUUCUACCUCGGAUGAAUAGAAUCGUGAUUGUUAGAAGUUUGGCAGUUCGAGCAGGUUCGAAAGGAGCAGCCAAGAAACCAGAACCAAAAUUCACACAAAGUGCUGCUUUUCAGGUAAACUUAUUUCAAAUUACGUCAUUUUUCCAAAGAUUUUUGAUAAAGUUAUAAAUAUUUCUGCUUCAGGGUCGAAAUAUGCCAAAUAUUCGAAAUUUGCCGGGUUAUAAAAUCGAUCCCUAUUCAACAGAUGCACACGAUAAUAAGAAAAUAUUUUCUGCUCUUGGUUCACUUCUUGCUCUUGUUAUUUAUUUUGGUUGGUUGAGAGAACCAUCAGAUUUGGACGAAAUUUGGACUACUCCCCCACAUAUUCUCACAUCAAAUUUGGAGCGAAGAAUGUUGAGAGAACAAAUAAAAGAUGUAAGCUGCUUUUAAAUCAUCAAAAAUCUGUUUAUUAUUAGAAAAUGAUUUUCUUUAUUCAUGAAGUGGUUUUAAAAUUCAAAGUUUUAAAAUGACAAUUGGAAAAAAAGAGAGAAAGUAUGCUUUGUUCAAGAAAACAACCAGAUUUUACAUUAUAAUCCAAAGGUUUUUUUAAGGCUGAAGCGAAACAUAUGGACACGACUCUUCUGAAAGCACAACUCGAAUAUGUUGAUGUGAAAGAAGAAGCACUUCGUAUUCAAUUCGAACAAAAAACAAGACAAGAAGAACGAAGAAGACAAAGAUCAGAAUAA